AACCCUGAGACCCAAGAGGGGACGAAGAAGCUAGAAGGAUGCUGCGCUGUAUGUACACCCAGCGGCGGUGGGCGCACCGCCGGGGCGGCUUCGUCACCGGCGGCACCGGAUGGUCGCAGAAGGCCCGCCCAGCCGCCGUGAUGGGCACCAAGAAGUCGGAGUGGUGGGCGGUGGACGGCGAGCUGCACGAGAUCGGGGACGGCGUGCCGCACCGCGAGCGCUUCGCCAUACCGCGCGACAACCUCCCGAACCGCCGCCGCAAGCAGAUGCGCGAGCAGUUCAUGCGCCGCACGCGUCUCGUCCUCAAGGACUCGGAACAUGAAACUUGGUGCAAAAAAUAUAUGGAACUGUACCAAGAGCUUAGAGAAAACUGGGAACGGUUGUACUGGGAUGAAGGUUAUUCAAAAAAGAUUGCCGAAGAUCACGCUAAUUAUGACUCUGCUGAAGAAGAUGACCUAGACUUUUCACCAUACAGGAGAAGGAGCUCCAGCAUAGAGCCAAACAAGGACCUUGGUUCUGGGGAAAGCAAACAGGGUGAUACAUGGGAAAGGGUAACUCAAAUUCGUGACAAGUUUGAGUAUGACAGAGAAAGGAGAAUGAGAGAGCGAGCGUUUGCUCCCAUGAAUAUGGAGAACAAUUUUGGCCAGCAGAACUGGAAAAGGCCAGAAUCCAGAACGGGUCAGGUUUUCACUCGACAAACAUAGAAACCAGCUCUGGUCCACAUGGUUGGGAUUUCAUGAAUCAAACUGGUAGGAGUUUCCAACACGAUUCACGUUCCCGAAAUCAGCAUGAUUCAGAUUUCGAAAUGGAUCAAGUUUCAGAAAUCGGCGAUAUCCAAAUUUUAGAAACCAAUGUGAUGGAAAUAAUAAAAGAUUUGGUGACCAGAGUCAAAUUCUAGCCAGCAUGUUGCAAUCCUGUAGAGAUAGGGGGUGGACGAUUGGCGACCCUUUGUGCUCACGGAUUUUGCUCCUUUGUAGUGCUAAUUGAAUUGAAAAUGAGAUGAGAGUUGAUGGCAUGCUUUUUUAUGUUCGUCAAUGUAGUUGUACUAGAGUUUAGGAUGAUCACUUUGAUGUAUGCUUUGGUAUUUUGAUAGUAUCUGUGAGAACGCUUGCUCACUUUGAUGUAUGGUUUUGUAUUUUGCUCACAGCUUAAAACAUUACUUAUGUUUUACUGAUUCCUCUAAUGUUGAAUUAAUUAUGCUUUUUUA